AUGUCGUCGUCGCAAGAGAAGCAAACAAAGUCUUUACGUGCUAGAGUCGAAGCGGAAGCUGAAGUUAAAGCUGGAGUCGAUAAUAAUCCAAGCUUUAGUUUCGAGCCCGAAUUCCUUGAGAACCGCAACGACCAAUUCGAGCACCACACAGCUCGUUUCUCGAACAAUUCUGCUACCAACCCCGCUUUCGACGAUAAUACCGAAAACGAAGACGAAAUAACCGCAAAGCAAGUGAUGGACGUUUUCAUGGAAGUUCAACGCGAAGAGCGAGAACGCGGAGAGCGAAACCAAGAACGCGUACAGCGAAACCAAGAACACGUACAACGAAUCUUCUUGCUGUUCAUCUUUUUAUUGUUCUUCGUCAUCCUCUUGCUUUUACUCAUCCUUUUGCGCUGGGAGAGAUAUGCUGGAUACCGCUAUUAA